UGGUUGAGAAAUAACGGUUUACUGGCGCGACAUGUGUUUUGUGGCAAGAAGGUCGGAGAAGAAGUUUGUGAUGGAGGAAUGGUGCUAAAGUCACGCACUGAGAGAAAUGGGGGUCAAGUAUUCCGUUGUACAAAAAACAGAAACCACGUCAAGUCUUUGCGGGCUAAUUCUUUCUUUGAGAAAACAAAGGUUGAAAUCCAGGAUAUUGUUGUUUUCAUAAAGUCAUAUUUGGACAAAAACAGUUUGUACCAAUGCUCAAAGUUCAGCGGCGUAGCGUACAAGUCUACAGCAGUAAACUGGGCCUCCUACAUUAGGGAACUCUUCAAAGAAUAUUUUAGCAGGAGAACUUAUAACAAAGUCAUCAGAGGCAUAGUAGAGAUAGAUGAGUCCCUUUUCGGAAGGCGCGUGAAAUACCACCGUGGUAACCCGAACAAGGGGUUGAAGGUAUGGAUUUUCGGCCUAGUAGAUCGUGAAUCAAACAGUAUCAUCCUAUAUCCAGUGACCGACCGCACGAAGGAGACGCUGAUACCACUGAUACAAAGGCAUGUUGCACCGGGUUCCACCAUCUACAGCGACGGCUGGUCGGCAUAUCUUGAUCUGAACACGCUUGGAUAUCGCCAUUUCACAAUCCUUCACAAAUAUGCCUUCAAGAAAGCUUAUAAAAAUGUGGAAACCGGAGACAUAACUUACGUCCACACCAACCGCAUUGAAGGCGCAUGGAAACAUGCAAAGGAUCAUUUCCGCCGAAUCGUUGGAACAAAGUCCGGACAGUUUGAAGGACACUUGGCGGAAAUCAUGUGGCGUAGCGAGUGUAAGGGAGAUGUGUACCAGAAAUUCUUCGACCUGGUAAAAGAAGUGUAUCCCUUGAACAAGCCCGCUGAAUACUUAUAUACAACACCUCUGUUUGACUCGUGGGAAGGACCGCCAGAACAUGAAGCAUCGGGGGAUGAAAACAAUGAAGAAAAGAUCAUGCCAGUUGAAAGCGGAGCAGAGACUUCAGAAUCGGAAGACAUGAAUAUGCCACAGCCCCAGGCAAGCUCCUCCGUUGCCGUAGCUGGUCCAGCUGUCAUAACUGUCUCGUCUUCCUCCGAAGAUGAAGCUGACAAAACUUUGAAUAGCAGUAUUCUGCAUCAGCCAAUGCCAAAUCCAAGAAAGACGCAAUUACCGUCAUAGGAACUGACCUCCUCCUCUGAUGAUGAAGCAAACAAAACGUUGACGACUAGUAGCCGGAGACCAAAAACAAAGAUUACAAAAAGGAAGCAGUCUUCGCAGCCCAAAGGCAACCGCACCAACAAUGUGUGUCAUCCAACAGGGUUUAGUGAGACUAAGAAAGAAGGGAAAAAAUCAAAAGU